AUGAUGAUAAACACCACACAGGUUUCAUAUUUCACUCUUGCUGGCUAUUUUGACACAGGACGUGUAACUUACUUAUGUUUCGUUAUUAUUCUGACUUUGUAUAUGUUCAUUAUUGUUUCCAAUGUCUUGCUGAUUGUGGUUAUCUGUAUGAACAGAAGCUUACAUGAACCUAUGUACAUGUUUCUGUGCAGCCUGUUUGUAAAUGAGCUGUAUGGUAGUACAGGGCUGUUUCCAUCCCUCCUGAUUCAGAUCCUCUCUGAUGUUCACACUGUUUCUGCUCCUCUGUGCUUGCUGCAGGUUUUCUGUGUACAUUCAUAUGGGGCUGUAGAAUAUUUGAACUUAGCUAUCAUGUCUUAUGACAGGUACCUUGCUAUCUGUUAUCCUUUGCAAUACAACACAUGUAUGACAUCUAAAAAAAUUGUCAUACUUACAGCUAUAACAUGGUUGUAUCCCUGUUUUGCAAUGGUUGUCUUGUUAUCUUUAACUUCACCUUUGCAGCUGUGUGGAAACAUCAUUAACAAAGUUUACUGUGACACACACUCUGUUGUCAAGCUGGCAUGCUCAGACACCAUUGUGAUUAACAUGUAUGGCCUCCUUGCUACUUUUAGCACAAUCUUUGGUGCCUUACUUUUUAUUCUUUACACCUACAUGAAGAUUCUGCUGGUUUGUUUUUCUGGUUCUGAUCAGACCAGACAGAAAGCUGUCAGUACCUGCACACCUCACCUGGCUUCCAUUUUGAACUUUUCCUUUGGCGCGAGCUUUGAAAUCUUACAGAGCAGAUUUAAUAUGAAUAAUGUGCCCAACAUGCUGCGCAUCUUUUUAUCAGUAUAUUUUCUUACAUGCCAGCCGCUCUUCAAUCCUGUGAUGUACGGCCUGAAAAUGAAAAAAAUCCGGAACAUUUGUAAACGACUCAUAUUAAAUGCAGAGCUUUGA